GAUGGGUGAAGGAUAAACGUGGAUUGCACUGGACGGCAUCCAGUUGCGAAAGUCGCCCACCGAGAGAACGGGUCGCCGGGCCAGGAAACUUCGUUGCAUGUGCAGAAGCAGCAGUGAGGGGGGUGUACAAGGAAGCAUCCUUGCACCUCCUAUUGCCUGGGACUGAUACUGGGAGAUCCUAAGCGAUUCUUCGCAGAAAGUGAAUUAUCAAGGGAUAUAAUCUCAGAGAGUUUGCAAGUCCUGUUUUUCGACUGCCAGCCAGUUCCAUGAACAGUUGCAUUUUGGCAGCAGACCUCCUCGUCGCAUGAGUUUCAGGGCGCGGUUUGACUGUAUGGGAGUUUAGGAGGGAACUGUGUUGUUGUGUUGCUCAAUGAAUAGUCGCAGCUUGAAGCAAGAGGAGUUUGAUUGGCAGGUAAGUUGGGGAGAUCGAUGUUUUUUUCCUUCUUGGGAACUGGGUUUUGCUCGUUUGCUUCUUCAGGAGAUGGCUUUCUUCUGUUUGAUGUCACAGGUUUGGUGAGUGCCGAGGGAGAAAUUUUGCUCUCUGUUUGGCAUUUUUUGGUGUUAACGUGAAAGAUUUGGGUUCUUGUCGGUGAGAGACGGGGAGCUCGAAUUUUUUAUGUCCAUGUUGAUGGUUGUAUUCGUGCUCUAGAAAGGUACUGGGAGCUUAGUACUAUUGGGAAGAUUAACCUUCAGAACGUAGAUUGUAUGGUAGGCCGCUGUGAUUAGAACUCUCGCAUUUUUUGAAGCUCUCAGUUUCCUAGCUUGUGAAGGUAGGAAACUGAGAGCUUCUUAGUUUCUGUGGUGUGGCACGUGUGGCUUGGUACAUGUGUCUCGACCUCAUGAACGGAGCUUGUUAUUACGAUGUUGUAGGGGUUAGAACCAUCAGGGAGUUAGUCUAAACUUCAUGUCUGUCAUUCAAUUUACUGAUGUUGUUAGCUCUUUGGAUCACAGCCUUUUCAAAAUCUGUUAUUGGUGUUUAGAUCGGAUCUGCCACUUUGCGGCUCUGCAAACAUCGUGUAUGCAGUGGUACCUCUGCUCUAAGGUUGAAGUGAGUAAUUAGCAGAGUGGGUUUCUAGUAGAGAGGUCUUCACGCUAAGUUUCAAUUUGGGCAUCAGGAUGGACUCAAGGGAUGGUAUUUGACGGAGGACCUUUGGAAAUUGGACUCAAAUCGUGUCUGGAAGCCUGUUAAUUAGUUGGUUUUCAGCCCAGGUCGAGAUGGCGUUAAUCCACUCAAAACUGGCCUAAUUACAAUCAUCUGUGUAUCGUUUUCGCCUCCAUUGCAAAGGACUCACGCACAGCAAGUUGCAGGAACGCAAAUGCAGGGAGUAUAUCUUAAUGAGGAACUUCCUUACACUUGUUCAAAGGAAGUAACUUUUUGUUUUCUAAGAAAUAUUCUAAGCCUUGGUUGGUAUAAGUGCCUCGUAAUAUAAGCCCGAUUGAUAGCUGCGAGAACCCAGGUGCUCCUGUACGUGGAUUAGGGUUUGAAGCAGCAGGGAGAUUUGGGUAGUCGGUUAUGGAGGAUUACACCGGAACGCCAAAAAACGACAUUCAUCAGAACGGACGUACAGAUCUUGAGGUGAUUCGAUUCUCUAAUGGCUCUAGUGGAAGGGGCUUCACCACCCUCAGACUCAACGUUACUCAGAAAUGACAGCUAUCGGAAUGAUGCAAUGAUGGGCUCCUGCUGCAACAGGAGGAACAGGCUAAGAUGCCGGAUGAGCAGAUUGUUAACUUGUAUAUCUAGGAGUAUUUGUCCUGUAUUGUUUGGGACAAAGCUGAAUUGGCUGAUGCUAUGCGUUCCAAUGGCGUUAAUCGGUGGCCAAGGGCUGUUCGGACAUGGCUGGGUUUUUGUACUUAGUUUACUAGGAAUGGCUCCCUUGGCUGAGCGACUGGGCUUUGUCACCGAACAACUGGCCUUUUACACUGGUUCGACAGUUGGAGGUCUCCUGAAUGCGACUUUUGGAAAUGCGACGGAAAUGAUCAUAUGCAUAAUGGCGUUACGGAAGAAAAUGAUACGAGUUGUACAGUUAUCUCUACUUGGUUCCAUACUUUCCAACAUGUUGCUGGUGUUGGGAUGCGCAUUUUACUUUGGGGGUCUUAAACAUCCACAUAAAGAUCAGAAGUUCAACAAGGUUACGGCCCAGGUCAGCGCAAGCUUGUUAUUGAUGGCAGUCAUGGGUCUCCUAUUUCCUGCCGUUCUUCAUGCCACUGGUACUGAGCUGCAAAUUGGAAAGUCGGAGCUCGUUUUGUCGAGAUUCAGCAGCAUUGUCAUGUUGGUGGCCUACAUUUCCUAUUUGUACUUCCAACUAAAGAGUCACAGAUUGCUUUAUGAUUCAGAGGAUGCGGUAGAAAAUGAUGGUGAUUCUGACGAGGAUGAGGUUCUGCUAGGUUUUUGGACUUCAAUUGGCUGGCUUACUAUUUUGACUCUCUUUAUCUCCAUACUGUCGGAAUAUUUGGUUGAUGCAAUCGAGGGUGCUUCAACUGCAUGGAACGUACCCAUUGCAUUUAUAAGCGUGAUCAUAUUGCCAAUUGUUGGAAACGCCGCAGAACAUGCGAGUGCUAUUAUGUUUGCUCUCAAAGACAAGCUGGAUAUCUCGCUUGGGGUGGCCAUCGGUUCUUCCACUCAGAUCUCCAUGUUUGUGAUUCCAUUUUGUGUAGUGAUCGGGUGGCCUAUGAGAACGCAUAUGGACCUCAACUUUGAACUGUUUGAAACUGCGACACUAUUCAUAACAGUUCUAGUGGUUGCUUUGAUGCUUCAGGAGGGUACUGCAAAUUAUUUUAAGGGUUUAAUGCUGAUUCUUUGCUACUUGAUAGUUGGUGCCAGCUUCUUUGUUCAUGUCGACAUUCCAGACAAGCAUCCUGGGAGUUAGAGAAUCUCUUUUUUUGGACGAUAUUCCUCUUUUUCAUAUACCGUGGUGAUACAAAGUGACAAAGUUCCUCCAACAAGGUCGUGCAAAGCUCGGUAAUGGCCAAAUGCCUACCACCAAUGUGGUUGCUGUUGGGUAGCCAUUUCUGUGACUUUUUGAGCUUCUGUACUAUACGAUGUGUUUGUGCACAAAGUGUCCGCCGAAAUUAGUUGUUUCGCUAAGAGACAGACUUCAUGGGUAAUAGCAUCCUUGACGCGCAUUCUUUCACUCUCGAAGAACUUUCUAUGUAGAGCUUGAGGCUGAGCAAUCACUUGCCGUGCAUGGUCGCAGUCUUCACUCUCAACCACACACUAGUCUCAUUUCAUAAUUCUUAGAAGAGUCGGGAGAACAAUUCACUGUAUGUAGAUAUAUUUGUAAUCAUUUGACAGAUGCCGAGUCGAAUCGAAACUUUGAUCCUUCCCAUUACAAGGAAUGUAAGACGUUUUAUACGACCAA